CAAGCAGGUAUUCACGACAAACGUCCGCAUACACGUGUUUCUAGUGUAGUGUUUCACGAGAGAGAGAGAGAGGCAUGAAAUUCAAUGAUGUGUUGAUAAUUAUAAAUCUUUUGUAAACUCUUAUUCCUUUUCCUUUCCAUGAGUGUGAUUUGACCCCAUCUCUAAUCUUUCUUCGAUCCCCAUUAACUCAAAUAAAUACUCAAAAAGCUAUUUCGCUCCCAUUCAUAAUACUAUUAUCAGAAACAGAGUUUUAUUUUAUCCACACAUCUAUGCUGCUUUGCUUAACUCUCUUCUUUCUUCGCGGAUACAAAAUUAACACCUCUUUAUUCAACCGUACGAUCCGUGUCUAUUUGCGUUGUCUUUAUUUAUUUUGCUGGGAUUUUGUGGGCAUGAAGAUUUGGCAUAUCAUAGCUGUGAAUUUGUAGAAUAACAGAGUAUGCUUGUUUGUUAAAUAUUUGACUGCUUUCUGCCAACUUUUUUUGCCGUGCAUUAUUAAUCUCAUUUGUGAAUCUCCAAUCCUCCUGGUGCAUAAAUUCUUCUAAAUUGGAUGCUGGAAAAAGCAGUCUUUCAUAUGUAUGUAUCUUGAUGAGUAUAUAAGCACAUUUGGUUUGUUGUGAUUUCUGAGGUGGAAAAGUGUUUCCACAACUGCUUUUUUCUUUCUUUUCUUUAUCCCUGAGAAACAUCUUUGGCAGUAAAAUUUGAUGCAUUACUCUUUUGCAGGUGGCUUCAAGUUUAUCCAGGGAAAGUCCAAGAACUCUGUUUCUUGGUAAUUGUUAGUUUAGCUUUUGAGUAUUAGGAAGAGUAGUCCUAUUGAUGAAGAGUUAGACAUAUAGAGAAGAGGAGAAUGCAUCAAUUAUCAUAAUAUAGAUGGCACUCAGUCUUGUAAAGAGAAAAAGGAAAGGUUGUGGUCUUGCUUUUGUUGCUAGUUUAGAAUUUUUGUAAAUGGAUAUCUGUGAGUUAAUUGAGAAGAUUUAACCCUUUAAAAGUAGCAUAGUUUAAGGAGGAGAAGGACUUAGAAAAGAUGGGUUCGUUUCCGGGGCAUAUGGUUCCAGGAACGCUGUUUCUGGUUGUGGGGGUGUGGCACGUCUGGUGCUCUAUAGUUAGAUAUGUAUCAGUUCCUGAUUUGUAUCGGGUCAGGGUUUGGAACCCGGUUCGAGGAUUUGAUGGCAGGGUUAAGUACCUGGAGCUCUAUGUCAUUGCAAUUGGAGGCUUUAUUGAUCUGUGCAUAGAGUUUCUUUAUGCAACCCAUCUCAAGAUUUUUGUCAAUGGAGUCUUGAACCCUUCUCACAUUAACAACUUUGAGCACUCUGGAAUGCUGCUCAUGUUCUUCAUCUUUGGCGUAAUCACACUGCUGUGUGAAAACACAAGGCAUCUUCCAUUGAGUGAAGGUGCUUUAUGCCUAAUUGCUUCAGCAGCAUUCACAGCAGAGUACCUCUUAUUCAACUUCCACUCGACUACGCACAAGGGACUCGAGGGGUAUUACCACCGUGUCCUCGUUCUCCUCAUAGGCCUCUGUAUAUUAUCAACUAUCGCGGGAGCUCUCAUGCCAACCAGCUUUCCAGCUGAUUUGUGCAGCGGCAUUGCUAUAACGCUCCAGGGCCUCUGGUUCUAUCAGACCGCUUUCACUCUCUAUGGUUCAAUGAUGCCGGAUGGCUGUGUGCUCAACAUCGACAAAAUCUCAUGUCGUUCCAUGGAGCACGAAGCCCGUGGUGAGCUGCUGGCAAAUUUCCAGCUAUUCAUUCAAGUUUUUGGUGUUCUUGCUUCUGCUUCUGGUGCAUAUAUUUAUGCACAACCCAGAUUCAGUCACUGAUCUCAAGGGCUCAAAGUGGAUGAAGAUUUUGUGUAUGUAUGAUUUGUCUAUUUUUGAGGUAGUGAGUGUUGUGGAGGAGGUAUAUAUUAUAUAUACACACAUUUAUGCCUAGUUAUUUGUUUAGUGAUCAUAGUUUGUUCCUUUUUUUUUUCUUCAACACCUUCUUACAGUCUUUGGUAUUGAAUUGUGGAUGUAAAGGUAAUGCCAAGAUUAAGUUGUGUUUAGAAUAUAUGAUACUAUGAUGCUUCAUCAAA